AUGAGAGUGCAGGAGCUUCAACAGCCUGUCCUAGGUACACAACGAUGUGUUGCCAAUCACACACCUGAAAGCGCUGUUUAACGAUUCAUCAACUGAGAAACACAUCGUGAGAUUGUUCUGACAUUGAGGACUAAAUAUUUUGAGGAUUUAACGCGGUGAAAGCUCGACUGGGAAUCAAUUCGACAGAACGCCACGACAGGACGCCAGGGGAUUUUUCAAACGGAUAUGAAAACUAAAAAGGGAAUGUUGGCUGUUUCUGGCAGCGAGACAGAAGACGAUGAUAGCAUGGAUGUCCCUUUGGAUCUGUCAUCCAGUCGAGGAGCUUCAGUUAAGAGGAAACGAAGAGGCAACCUUCCUAAAGAAUCAGUUCAAAUCCUAAGAGAUUGGCUGUAUGAACACCGCUAUAAUGCUUAUCCUUCAGAACAAGAGAAAGCACUGCUCUCGAAACAGACUCAUCUUUCAACACUACAGGUUUGUAACUGGUUCAUCAAUGCCCGUCGACGGCUCCUGCCCGAGAUGUUGCGGAAAGAUGGAAAAGACCCAAACCAGUUCACCAUCUCACGCCGUGCUAGCAAGGGCCCUGAUGAUUUAAGUGUCAGCUCACACUCUCCCAGGCGUGAGAACUAUGAGCUCACUUCACCUACUUGCCCAGGCACCAUAUCCUUGUAUCCUAAAAAAGCUUCAUCACCCAAAACACCGCCCUCACCUGCUCUGCCCAGACCUUCAGUCAUCUGCCACACCACCAUCACAGCAGCAGGUACGAGAGUGGAGGGCUCCACAGAGCUUGCAACUGGCAUAUUUAGUUGUCCUGUAGGCACAGGGCUGGGAGCAGAGUUUAACACACCACCACCCACACCGCCUGACCUGACAGCACAGGACUUUAGCGGCUUCCAGCUGCUUGUAGAUGUGGCACUGAAACGAGCUGCCGAGAUGGAGCUACAGGCAAAGCAAGUUCUUGCUUAAAUUUGAAAAGAGCAAGUGGAUAGAUAGAGGAGUUUUAAAAACUUUACUUCUGUCCCCAGCCUCUAUAAAGUGAACUUUGCUGGGAGUUCAGAGACAUGACUCGAUAGUGUUUGAGGGGGAGAAAUGAAAUCCUAAAGUCCUGAUCAUUUCUGUUAUUGCCUAAUGAAAUCUAAUUGUUCGUAGAAUUCACAUUUUAAGGUGCCUUGGCAGUCACACCUUUUUGUAUUUUCAUGUAUGUGUAUAUAAAUAUAUGUAUAUCUUCUUUUUUGCACACAGGGGACCAAAAAUGUAUAGACAAAAGCUGUAUUGUCUUAAAUAUUUCCUAGUUUUUUAGAAGAUAGGAUUGUGUCUUCUUCAGUUCCAGUUUUCAUUCUAGUUUUGCAGAGUUCGACUCUGUGAAUGUUUUGUGCUGCCUCAUUUUAGGAGAACGGCUCUGCGGUUUAUUCUGCCUCAUUCUUUUGCACAAUAUGGCAGGUCAUCUCAAGUAUCUUAAAGUAUUUUUGUUGUUCUUACUCUUUCUCUGAACUUUAAUCACUACUGUUCCAGGUCAUACUGUGUAGUAGUUAAGAUUUUUAUAUUUGAUAUUGUAAAAAAGACUUGUUUUUUAUGCAAUGUUUAGUAUUUUCCAUUAUUGAGGGAUAUUCAGAUGUAGCAUAACUCUAGUCUGGGAUUUCCUCAGAACACUCAGUAUAGAACUGGCCAGUGAAUGUGCCCCUCCUCCUGACACACACACAUGCCUGCCUCCCAAAAGACCCAUCUGCUUUACACUGUCCCCAACUUCCAGCACCUACUAUUAGCUCCUCACACCUCAGUGAUCCUAAGGAACAAACACUACAUGUACGAAAAGUGCUAUUUUUUUGUUGAUUUUACAAUAUCAAGAGACCACUUUCCACAGAUAAAAGAAGAAAUAGUUUUAUGUCACUGUAAAGAGGAAGAGAAAAUGAAUUCCAAGUGGUUUUGGGACCUUAAUGUGCAUGUAUCAUAGUCAAUUAGAUAUGAUGCCUAACUGACAUGAGUCCUCUUUCAUACUGUGCAAUGUUUGUGGCAAACAGGGGUCACACAGUGUUUGAAUAAAGUUUUGUUUUCUACAAAAUGA